AUGUCUGAUAAGUUAACCAAUGUGACCUUAAUAAAAAAAUUUUUCCUCAUGGGAUUCCCUGAUGACCAGGUUCUACAGAGACUGUAUGUCACUUUCUUCUUCCUGAUUUAUCUGGCAGCACUGAUGGGAAACUUCCUCAUUAUCACCAUCACUACCAUUGAUAAGCAUCUCCAAUCCCCAGUGUAUUUCUUCCUGAAAAAUUUGUCCUUGAUUGAUAUUUGUUAUAUAUCUGUUACAGUCCCCAAAUCCAUCACGAACUCUCUGAACAACAGCCAUUCCAUCUCCUUCAUGGGAUGUGCCUCACAGGUAUUUUUUGUUAUUUUUUUUGCUGGCACGGAGUUUUCCCUCCUUCUAGUGAUGUGCUAUGACCGCUAUGCCGCCAUCUGCCACCCUUUGCACUAUGAGGCCAUCAUGAAUAGGAGCGCCUCAGUGCAGAUGGUGACAGCAUCAUGGUUCAGUGGUUGUAUCUAUGGAUUCAUUCAUGUUGCAGGUACAUUCUCUCUCCAUUUCUGUGGGUCAAACAUAGUGCAUCAAUUCUUCUGUGAUAUUCCAUCAUUGCUUACACUUUCUUGUUCCAGGGAGCAAAUUCUAGAAUAUGUGUUUAUUAUUGCUAGUUGUUGUUUUGCUUUUGUAUGUUUUAUUUUAAUGGUUGUUUCCUAUGUUCAUAUUUUCUCCACUGUCCUAAAAAUUCCUUCUGUACAAGGCAGGUUUAAAACUUUCUCCACCUGCAUGCCCCAUCUUAUUGUGGUGACUUUGUUCCUCUCUUCUGGAUUUAUUGCAUAUUUAGGUUCAACACUGAAAUCCCCAUCAUCACUGAACCUGUUUAUGUCUGUGUUAUACUCACUGUUACCUCCAAGCCUGAAUCCUGUCAUUUACAGCCUGAGACACAGGGACAUGAAGGUUGCCCUUGGCAAAAUAUUUGAUGAA